ACAUUGGAUACAGAGGGUUCUAGAUUUAUAGUGAAUUUUAGGAUAUGGAAGUGGAUGGCAUAGGGUAGGUAUUGAGGAGAUGAUUGAACUUGUAAUGUGAAGAUGUUGGUUAAAAUUCAAACAAAUUGGUUUGUCCCAGCCUUUCCACACAAGAAUAAGGGUUGUUUUGUGUUGAGUAAGUGCGUGUUAUUCAGGCAUCCUCCUCCACUUGAAAUCAGCAACGAUAAAGCAAGAAGAGGAAGAAGAUCAAAUUGGCAUUGGCGUUGUGGAUCGGGGGAGGCACAGACAGUCUCUGAAUGGGAAGUGCAGGAAGCUCGUGCGGCUGUUUCAAGUUAUCUUCGAGAAUUGGGGGUGUCGAAGGAGGAUUCGGUGUCCAUGGCGUCAAAGUCACCUGGUUAUGUGAAGAUGUUGGUGGAAGGUGUGAAGGAUUUGGAGCAGUGGCAGUGGGAUGAACGAAUUAUGGCCUUCAGCUUCAAGGACAAGAUUAUUCACAUGGCCGUUCAAAAAGGCGACAAAGGCAAACUUGCCUACUUAGAGACUCUGGGUUUCUCUCUCUCUUCCUCUAUGAAUGUCGCUACAUAUCUCUCCGCUCACACCCUCCCAUCUCUUAUGCACAAGGUUACGCGCAUGAAGCAACUCUUCUUUUCUGCACACUCCCAGGGUGACUUCCACUUACUUGUAAAAAACAUUCGCCUCAUGAUGCGUCACUUAUCUAUUUCAGCUGAUGAAGACCUGCAACACACUUUGUCCUUUUUCGAAAAGCUUCAAGCUAGGCGUGGUGGUCUAAACAUUUUAGCUUCCGAACAUGCCGCUUUCCGUUGCUUAAUCGAAUCAUUUCCUCGUCUACUUCUGUUAUCAGUAGACAACCACUUCACACACAUACUGGAUUUUCUACAUAAUAUUGGAAUCCCCACAUUUCGCAUCUCCAACAUAAUACUAGCUUUCCCUCUUCUUCUCUUCUGGAAUCUUCAACUCCUUAAAACCAGACUCCUCGCCUUGAACCAGAUCGAUGUGCCUGGUAAAGAUUAUGCGAAGUUGUUGCUAAAAUAUCCUUGGGUUCUAUCUGCAAGUAUUCAACAGAAUUAUACGGAGGUUCUUGCCUUUUUAUAUUCUGUUCAGGUUCAGAAGACUUGGAUAGACCGUGCAAUUGAAAGCCACCCUCAUCUAUUGAGUUGUUCAAUUAGCAAGCUGAAGUUGAUGAUAGAUCAGUUUGCUGAACUAGGAGUUCGAAACAAAAAGUUGAAUCAGGUUAUUGCUAAAAGUCCCCAACUAUUACUACGGGAGCCCAAAGACUUUCUACAGAUUGUUUUGUUGUUUGAAAAUAUGGAUUUUGAUAAACAAACUAUCGGGAGAAUACUUGCCCGCUGCCCUGAAAUUUUUGCUGCCAGCAUUAAUAAAACACUACAGAGGAAGAUCGAGUUCCUUGGCAGGGUUGGUGUUUCUAAAACUUUCCUUGGCGGGGUUAUCAGAAAGUAUCCAGAAUUACUUGUUUCUGACACUGACAAAACUUUACUACAAAGGAUAAUGUACUUGAUGAAGUUAGGGCUUUCAGAGGAAGACAUUGCAUAUAUGGUACGUACAUUUUCUCCUCUUCUUGGGUACAGUAUAGAGGGGGUUCUUAGGCCAAAAAUAGAAUUCCUUGUGAACACAAUGGAGAGGCCAGUAAGAGAUGUGGUGGGCUACCCUAGGUAUUUUAGCCAUUCACUAGAAAAGAAAAUAAAGCCAAGAUAUUGGGUGUUGAAAGGAAGGGAUAUCAAAUGUAGUUUAAAGGAUAUGCUGGCAAAAAAUGAUGAAGAAUUUGCUGCUGAAUUUAUGGGUAUCGGAAGGAUGCUCGUCCGUCCUCCUGUGUCUUUUGACGAUAGCCUGUAAAGAUAAUGAUAGUAUUUUAUUUUUCGGUGUCAUUUCCCUUGUAGAAAUUCAGCUUAUCACAUCAUAUUCUUCUGUGUCUCUUAUAAUCA